UACUUGUUUAGUACUUACGACGACUUACAUGUCGCAUAGACUGGCAUGGAACUUGAUAGGCUUGGAUAUAACACCGGAUAUGUGGAUGGCUAUUCUAACUAGUACAGUAUCACCCUUGAUCAAGUCAAGGCCGCUGUGUUGAAUAAUUUACCUUGCAAAAGAUAACAUAAAUCGACCGUUUAGUAGUAGAGCUCUGUCCAGCCGCUGCGGACAUGUUGCUUAGAUAUUUCAAAUGCGUUUAAAAAAUAGAAUCAGAGUUUUGACGAGAUCACAGUGUAAAAUAAUAAGGCAGAAGCAUACGCAGAGGCGUAUGAGAGGAAAUGCGGUAUACGUAAUUGAUAAAGCUUAUCGCAUGCUGUUGGAUAAACGGAAGGGCAAUGUAACAACAUCGACAUUCUGCGGACAAUAAUGAGACUAUUUCAUUUCUGAAACUGCCAACACCUUGGUCACAUCUUCCGUUGCUUAUAUCUUGCAAUGAUGCCUGAGAACAAUGCAAGUAUAGAUUAUACAUAUAUUGUGAUUGGACUGUCAUUAUUUGUUGGCUUUAUCAUCGUAUUUGGAAUAGUAUGCUAUUGUAACCGUCGAGUAGCCAGAAACAGGCGCGAAACCAACCAAACUGUUGAAGACGUGUCUGCGCACAGAAUUUCAGUUGAAGAUGAGAUCGGUUUAGAGAAAAGUGGCGAUGCGAUGGUAAUUAAAGAUGCUUCUGAUGAUGGACAAAGGAACGUAUACAGCGACGAACCAAACCAAGACCUUCAUGUAAAUUUCAAAGAAAAUCAAGAAACGACAUUAAACACAUUGGAGAGACAAAACAACUAUUUCAAAAUUGAUGAGAAUGAGUGUGAAGACGAAACUGACGAGGAAGGAUAUUAUGAAUCGGGUUUAUCGGACAAGGAGUGUGGGUACUCGACAAUAGAUGAAUUAUCUGCAGACGAUGAAUGUAGUGAAGAAGGUAUAUACCAUCGUAUAGACGAUGUUUAUUCGGUACAACAUAGCAGUAGCGAAAUGAGCGAAAGUGAUUCAGUUUACGCCGUUAUCAAAGACUUGUUUGAAUUAUCCCCUAAACCGAACUACUAUCUUUCUUUGUACGGAGGCUCAGAGGAUGAACAAUCUGAUUUAUCAGAUUAUCAUAGAAUAUCAUCUCUGAGUGAGGUUGAAAGUGAGGCCAGUUACACUACUAUUGAGGAGUGGGAACUACAUCAAUCCACAUCUAACAACCUUAGCGUGGAUGAAGCUGGCUAUCUCGUGAUAACUGGCUCUACAGACAACAUAGGCCUACAAAUAUCUGCAGAUGCCGAAACAAACUCUGAGAAAAAUCUAACCUCCUUAGAUAGGCCUAAUGAAGAAAAUAGCAUAGAUCAUAAUUUAUGCACGCAGAAUAACCAGACGGCAUGAGGAUCGCAAUGAAAAUCAUUACUUGUUAGUUCCGUUAAAAAAAGACAGAGUUAAUCCAAUUUCUUGCUUAGUUAAUCCAAUAUAUUGCUUAGUACAUCAUUUACACCACUUAAAUUAGUUGUAUUCACAUCCCCUUACACUCAGCAAUUAAAAGUUAAAUUUAUGUAAAUACUUCAUAAAUUACGUUAUUAUGCAAAACGAUGGGAAAUUUGUUUGAUCGCUGAGUGUAAGAGGAUGUGUAUACUAGUUUAAGUGGUGUAAAUGGUGUACUAAGCAAUAUAUCCGGUGAAAUUGGAUUAACUCUGUCUUUUUAUUAAAUGAAAUACAUGUUUUUAAAUAUUUAAAAGCUGAGGGGAAAGGGGCGUAGCUCCGUCUUUUCCCACAGUUUUAAAAAUAUUUUUCAACUGGAGCCUGGCUUUAAUACAAAUUAUAAACGUUAAAGAGGAGUAAUCCCAACUGCGACCUGCGACACAAAGCAACAAAUGAUAUAACAAAGUUAUAUCAUUAAUAUUUCCCACGACUAAAAUAGAUGAAACAAAAUAUUAAAAAGUUCAUGUUAUGUCAGAAGACGAACUACUUGAGAAGUAAGUACAACAGUUUGGACUUUGACUUUUGACUUAAUUAAGUAUACCACAACAUCAAUAAUAAAUAGCAAAUAACAAUGAUUUUCUUCAAAGUUAAUACAUACUUUAAAAUAGGGAAAAGGAUUAAAGUCGCGAUAAAAAUGCGAUGUUGUAAACCAUAGUAUACUAGGAUAGCCAAUGAAAGUUGUAUAAAACGACUUAUUUCCAAUGGGGUCCUUGUGAAACAAUAGUCAUAAAAUUAAAUUUGCAUAUCGCAUUGCAUAAAAUAGUAGAUUAAAAAGGCAUAUUAAAUGCCUUUUUAACGUAGGCCUAUUAUUUUAUGCAGUUUCGGACAUCGUUCAACGGUUAAUUUAUUAAUUUAUAUAUAAUUAGACCAUUUUCAAUAGAUUUACUGCUUUAUUUCAAAAAAUGAUGUUUGGAAGUUGAUAUUUGCUAAUUUAUGUAUGUUUUUAACAAAAAAUAUUAGGUGUACGUCCACAACUUUGAGACAAGUAUGUCCAUAACCAUGAGUGUACGUCCAUAACUAUAAGAAAAUUAACAUAAAACCUAUGUACUAUCAAUACAUGAGACUAGCUAAGUUAUAUUAGGAAGCUCCAAGUCUAUUGUAUACACAUAUUUUUAUUUAUUAUUUUAGACCUCACACUUCUCAGAGUUUUUAAAAAUGUUUAAUGUAUGUGUGAAAGUCAUUUUCUCUGCGUACGUCCAUAACCGGCUAUUUUUAGAACAUUACUAUUAAAUUAUAAAAGAUAGAGGGCUGAUAGUUGUCAUGGUAGUACUAGUUGGUAUACUUGAGAUUUCCAUAUCAAAAGUAACCCAAACCCAUUGGCCUGUAUUGAAGGCUUUGUUAAGUUCUCUGAAAUGUACGUCCAUAACUAUGGAACUGCCCAUAUAUAU